UAUGACACCAGAGAGCCCUGAGUAAGAGGGUGGCAGGUGGAGCCAGGCCAGAGCCUGGACCUGGGGUCAGGAAGGGGUCACAGGGCGGGAUGGAGGGGCCAAAAACCCUGGGCCCCUGUGGCCACUCCCACCCUCAGUGUCCCCAACCCCCAGCUUCAAGCAGCCAUGGAGGAUGCCUGGAUCCGCCCUGCCAGGGCUUUGUAAGGUGGCCCUGCCUCGUACCUCUCUCCUCUGCUCACUCGAUGGAGUCAACCAGGCCUUUCCCAGCCCCAGGGGGUGCAGGUGGGGCACCCAGGGUUGGCGCUGAGGUGCCUGGGAAUUUUAUUUCAAGUGACAAGGGAGAGAUGCAGCAUCAGAGAACAAAAGACCCAGCAGGGGCAAGACAGGGACAAAUGGAGGCAGGGUUGGGAUGGGGCUGGCCCUUGCACUCAGGACGAGAGCCGGGGACCCCCAGGCAGGAGGUGCCGUCCAGCUCAGGGCCCAGACCUUGCCCAGGUUCACCCCUGACCCCAAGAGCAGGGACCCCAGCCUCCUCCAGAGCAGCUCCCUCCCAGCUCCAGAGCAUACCCCUGGGGCCUGCAGAGCAGUCCUUCUUCCAUUUGGAACAGGAGAACCAGAAUCUGAAAAGGCAAAACCAGGACCUGCGGGACCAGCUGGGGGCCCUCCUGGGACCAGGGCAGCAGUUCCUGCCCCUGUGCCCAGAGCACUCAGGCUGCACAGCCCUGGCCUGGUCCCCCAAGCCGAGCAGCACCCAGCCCCUGGAGGAUAGAGCACCUUUGCAACUGCUGCGGAGGGAGCUGUGCCGAGGGGAGGAGUCCUUCGUGCAGCAAUCCCAGAAUGAACUGCAGCAGAUCCGGUUGUCCUUUGAGAGGAAGAAGAUGGCCAUCACUGAGGUGUGGGAUGGUGUGGCGGACGUACACAUGGCCCUGAACAACCAGGCCACUGGUCUCCUGAACCUCAAGAAAGACAUUCGGGGAGUACUAGACCAGAUGGAGGACAUUCAGCUGGAGAUUCUGGGGGAACGUGCCCAGUGCCGUACCCAGGCCAGGAAGGAGCAGAUGGCAUGCAUGGUGAAGGCAAGGCCAAAGCUGGGAUGUCCUGAGAGCCUCAAAGGCCAGCUCUGGCUGCUGGCCCUGAGGCUGCUGCUGGGCGCCCUGCUGGCCUGCACUGCCGCCUAUGUGUACGUGGUGGACCCUGCACCCUUCGAGGGGCUGGUGCCGCCCCUGCUGAGCCGCGCCGCAGUCUGGAAGCUCCGGGCCCUCCUGGGCCCUUUCCUGCACCUCGAGGUGGACGACUUCCUGCCCUUCUAGGCCGGAGGCCCAGCGGCCCCAGCGAGGAGGAGGCCAGGCAGCCGGCACUGCCCCGGGUGCCCAGCGGCCACACCGGCCCUCGCCCAUGGCACUGCUGUGCACCGUUCCCGCCAGAAGCCAGGAAGGGUGGAGGCGGGGUCUGUCCUGAGGGCUGGGCCUGCUGCUAGACAUAUAGUCGCGACAUACACUGAGAGUGAGUUUGUUUCCAUGGAAAUAGUGGGGGAGGAGGUUUGAGGUCUCCCAAAACCCAUCUCACAGUAGGGCGUCCCUCAAGAGUGGCACACCCAAUGGGACAACAGCCCCUCCUCAGGAAGCCCCCAAACUGUCCUAGUCAUGGGGAAGGCUCUAAACCAAGGGUGUCCACUGAAUAUGAGGCCCAUGUAUCCCCAGGCCUUGCAUCUGGUAUCAGUCCCAACUAGGGGACCUCAGAUCAGGCCUUAGCUCUGACUCUGCUGACCCACUGGCCUCACACCCCUCUCAUAACCCUGUCCCCAUCUGGCAAACCACAACACCCUGCCCCCCACUCCUGUCAAGGCUCAAAGGACAGGGGGACCACGUUGGUGACAGAGUCAUGGAGGUAAACAUCAAAGAUUUUAUUGAGGGCAUUAAAUUGGGGCUGGGGGAAUACCUUUUAGAACAAUAGAGAAGACCUAUGUGGUUUGCAGCUGCCCAGGCAAGAAAAGGGCAAGUGGCAGGAGAGGGCAGGUAAGGGGGUCCUGCCCUGCCCCUGGGGGCAUCUGGGCCCAGUGGGCUUAGGGACUUGCUGGGCUGUGGGCAGUGGGGCCCUCUGAGCCCUUCAGGUAUGACAUCUCAGAGUGAAAACUAUCAGACAAGGCCAGGGCAGAGCCAUCAAUGGGAACUGCAGGGGAGGGGUCAGCGUCUCCUCCCCACCCCGACUUAACGGCUCCAGGAGGUUAAGGCAUCUGUUUCUGGGCUAGGGGUGGAGGAGGGAGUGCAGUGACUGCAAGGAUAACCUGAGACCCCCCACCCCAGCCCAACCCACAGAGGCCUGGGCUCCCUGGGGAGGAAGUGGCAUCUAAAGUGCUUGGUUAGGGAGGGUAUCGGGGUGAUGGCGCAUAACCCCGGGAAAGUCGUGCUGGUCCUAACAACCCCAGGGCCCCUACUUGGAAGUACUAGACCCCCUGCAGCAGGUGGGGACUUCCUGAGGUGGGUGGGCACAGGGCCACAGGCCCUGGUGGGCUGGGAGCCAGUCAAGGUGCAGCUGGUGGAAAGGGACCCCCUGGGUCCAUGGCAGCCUGGCCUCCCAGGUCCCGGAGCCACCUACUUGGCAUCUGGUUCUGGCCCCAAAAGGCUGGGGAAAAGGCGGGAGGUAGCUGAGUGCAGGUGGCACACAGCCCCACGUGGAGGCACUCCCGCAGCGGGGCUCCAGGGGACCCGCAGAGACAGGCGGUCCUCCGGGAGACCAAGAUGGCACAGGUGCAGGCUGGGGAUUACUCUAGGCUGGCCACGCAGCCCCCAUCCAUGACUGCAGGUACUGAUCCGCCCCCUGCGGGCCGCAGCGUCCCAUGAGAAAGAAGUAGAAAGGUGGACGUCAGCAGGGGACAGGGCAGCCCGGUGCAGGGACUGAGCUCAGCUCAUCUCCUACACUGGGCCAGCCCUUGCCCCAGCACCCCAAUCUGUCUAAGCUGCCUAAGCCCUGAAAAGCUGUGGGUUACCAAUACUCUACCAUCCACAACAUUUGGCAGGUUGGCAGGGAGUGUGGGCUGACUGCCAGCAAGUAUAGUGUCAGGGUCCCCCACACAGGGUCCUAAGACAGCAUGAGCCCAUUUAUGCACCCCUAGUCCAGCCUUUGUGUUACUAGGGAUGCCCUGGAGUGUCUGCAGCCCCAGCCUUUCUCCAA